AUGGCUUCCGUUGGUACUGAUGCUGAGGGCUCGGUCAAGUUCUUGGUCGAUUUCCAGGCUGUUGCCGAUGACUGCAGCAUUGUCUCCAAAGCUGCUGCUGCCAAGCGAUUCGAGCGCCUUCUCAAGGCACACGGCUUGAAGGCCAGUGAGCUCUCGAAGGGUGGUCCUAUGAGCGGCGCCUCCUCCCCGGCCCAGAGCACCGCCAGUCCCAAGACCCCGGCCAAGGGCACCGGCAAGGCCACUCCCAAGUCCAAGGGAAAGCGCGCUGCUCAGGCCUCCCCCACCAAGGACACCAAGCGCGCCAAGAUGGCCAACCACCCCGCCGUGACCUCCUAUAACGAUGAGGACGAGGAGGAGGAUGAGGCUCAGUUCAAGGUCAAGGAGGAGACCCAGGCUACUGGCGAGGCUUCCACCAACCACGGUUCGUACUGCGAUUAUUCCCGAGGCCGCGACGACGAUGACGACGAGUUGCAACUUCUCUACAUCGUGGAGAAGCCGACCGGCUGCCCCGUCCACGAUUCCGGCGAAUUCCGAGCCCCCCCGUCCGAAUGA